GGCUGGCCCGGCGGCCUGUGUUCCCUUGUUGGUAUCUGGGGGCCUUCGGUGUCGCCACGGGCAUAACGCUGCCCACACCAUGGCUUGGGUCCAUACUGAGCCACAGCGUCUCGUGAGACGUGGGUCCUCAGAGCCUCUUUAGUGCCAGAGCUCGGGCCGCAGGCAGCCCCGCGGCGGCGGAAGAACAGAACCUCUGAAAUGGACGGACUCUUCCUGAGCAGCUUUACUAAUGUGCAGCAGCUGGACAAUGUUCCUCGUUAAUACCUGUCUGUCAUCAUAAUCAAUCAUCACAUCAUUUCACUCUGGUGGCAGGGACUCAGCUCCGAAUUCUAUAUAGAAAAAGCAUCUGGAUCCCAGUCUUUCAAUGGCUUCGAGACAACCAGAAGUGCCUGCUCUUGAGCCGAGUGGGCCUCUAGGCAAGAUGUCCCUGCCCAUCGGGAUGUACCGCCGGGCAUUCAGCUAUGAUGAUGCCCUCGAGGACCCUACACCCAUGACUCCUCCUCCAUCGGACAUGGGCAGCAUCCCCUGGAAGCCCGUGAUUCCAGAGCGCAAGUAUCAGCACCUUGCCAAGGCAGAGGAAGGGGAGGCCAGUGUCUCCUCCCCUGCCGUGACCCUGUCAUCGGCCACUGACGGCGCGGACAAGGCCCCUGUGGUGAAGGCUAAAGCAACUCAUGUCAUCAUGAACUCUCUGAUAACAAAACAGACCCAGGAGAGCAUUCAGCGUUUUGAGCAGCAGGCAGGGCUGAGCGAUGCUGGCUACACACCCCACAAGGGCCUUACCACCGAGGAGACCAAGUACCUUCGAGUGGCAGAAGCGCUCCACAAACUAAAGCUACAGAGUGGAGAGAUAACGAGAGAGGAGAAGCAGCCCGCCUCAGCCCAGUCCACCCCAAGCAGCAGCCCCCACCCUUCCCCUAAGCAGAAGUCCAGAGGCUGGUUCAAUUCUGGUCCUUCCACAGCCUUACCUGGCCCAAAUCCUGGCACCAUGGAUUCUGCAGGUGGGGACAAGGACAAAAACUUGACAGAUAAAUGGAGCCUCUUUGGACCAAGAUCCCUCCAGAAGUCUGAUUCAGGAGGUUUUGCCACCCAGGCUUACAGAGGAGCCCAGAAGCCUUCUCCAAUGGAACUGAUCCGUGUCCAGGCCACCCGAAUGGCCGAAGAUCCAGCAACCUUCAAGCCACCAAAGAUGGACAUCCCAGUGAUGGAAGGGAAGAAACCACAGGCACGGACCCAUAAUCUCAAACCCCGUGACUUAAAUGUGCUCACACCCACUGGCUUCUAGAGCUCUUUGUAUUCCAGGGACUCUGGAUAGAGGGUAUCUUGUAUCCAACUCCCCUUUUACCUUGGCUUUGACAUAGGAAAGGUUUUUUUGUGUGUGUUUUUUUCUUUUAAAACCUCUUAAACCAACGCUAGAGCUGGAGAUAUACUUGGUUUUUGAGAAAUGGUAGUGCAAAGCUUAUCCUUGUGUGGAAGAAGCCAUGUUAUAUGGUGUAAAGUUCAAUAAUCCUGGCAGUGAUGUAUGGGGGAUCUCAUUACUCAUUUUUGUAUCAUUUACCUUAGACGAGAACUUUGAUCAUUGCUUACGAGGUAAAUAACGUUUGUGUUGUUCCGGAACUGAGGUUUCUUGACUUCUUUACCACUGUGAACAUGUGCGAGGCCUAGUCAUGGAGUUGAGCUGUGCCCGAACUAGCUGGGACUUUGACCCUCUUGACUGUGCACUUCUCUGUGCUCCAGUCUUGUCAGCUGGGGGACCUGAGGUCUGUUUGGUGACCAGACUUGGCAGGGACCCCCCCUUCCUGGGCCAGAACUGGAGCAUUCUUGUGUUUCGUAGCCUUCCGGG